AUGAUCCCAUACAUUCCUCUGGAGCUCAGAGAAGGCUGGAAUUCGGAAAGAGCGACCAAGUCUGGUUCGAAUUUGCCUCAGAUUUUCGUGCUGGGAUGUACUCAGAGGAAGGCAAGCUUGAAGCAGAUGAAGGAGGACCGCUGGAUGAAGUUCCAGUACUGUGUGCCUUAUAUAUUGAAUCCGAAAUACGAAGAAGAGAAGGAGCAGAAUACUGUGGUGGAAUUUUUCUUCCCACGGGAGCCUCAACUGCCCCUGGGGUGUGAACUCAAUUGGGACAUGGAUGAAGUUGAGGAUUUCACUGAUAAACUUAUAGAGGAUGAGGAGUUGAGUGAGGAUAAGAAGGAGGCAUUCAUGGAGUUUUUGAAUGAGGAAGUAAAGAAUGCUAAGAAGAAUAAGAGGGAAGCGAGGAAGAAGAGAAUGGAGGACCCCAAGUAUCAGGAAGCUAAAACCUAUCAUGAGAAUAUGAGGCUUUACAAGAUUUACCCAGUACAAAUACCAAACACUCCUGUGAUAGAGAUGAAGUCUCAUUAUGUCAACUUCUACUACAGGUUUGCCCAUGAGAUUAUUUGA